AACGCAUUUUUGUCCCAAGUCGCAAGUGGUACUGAGUGCAGUAACGUGUUAACUAUCGUUAUAGCCAGGUGAUUUUCGUUAUAUCAAAGAAAUAAUGAUUGUGGUUAAUAAAUCGUUUCGUUUAAAAUGAAUCCUGAUUUAUGGGGCAGGUGGUCAAACGAUGAUAUGGACGUAUUUAGACCAAACGACGAAAAUUACGCCGUAUCAUCGACGACGCACCAUCACGAAAGGACACGAAACCACGGGGCCUUGAAAAUGAAACGACAUAUUAACUAUAGAAGAGGACAUUAUAAUAAUAACUACAAUAACAACAACGACAGUACAAAUUACAGAGGAUACAGAGACUAUAAUCGAAACUGGGAUUUUAAUAAUCCACACUAUAGACCCAAUAAAUAUCAGAAUUACAACAAUAAACCAUAUGACAAUGACAUUGAAUUAUAUCAUAACAAAGCCUGUUAUUCUAAAAAUACGGAACCACAUGUACAACAUUCUUUAGAGUCUCCGAUAGAAACUGAAGUGAUAAGUGAUAAAGAAACAUUCACUGAUAUGGAAGAAACAACAUAUGAUUUUGUGGUUGUAAGUGAUUCCGAGGAUAACAUAGUACAAUCGAGCGUGGAAUCUAUCUCUCUAUGUAGUAAACAAAAUAAAAAUGAUAUAGAUUCAGUUAAACUGGACUUUUGUGGUAUUAAAGCCUUUGAUAAGGAGAAUCAAAUACUACAGCAAAGCAAGCAACAAUCUCGUGAAUUAGAUACUUGUAAGCAUAAUGAAGAAAUUGUAGUGGAUUCCACUGAAAAUAUUGUAACGGGGAAAAAUACUUCACUCUGCGUUUCAAGUUCCCAAGAUUUAUGCAUCUCAAAUAAGCAUGCUGAAGAGGAUCAUCAACCAGAUAGUACCACAAAUGAGAAAGUCCAAUUAACAACACCCCAUCUCGAA